UGUAUAAAAAAAGAAAUGGAAAAUCGUUAUUGUUUCGAUUUGCCAGGGUGUGAUGGACCAGUUGAUGUAGAAGAUUUAGAUCGUCUUUGUGUUUUUGGUCAGGAUAUUCGCGUUCCGCAAAAAGAAAAUAAUUAUAAUGAAAAUUUAAUUUACGAAAGUGAAAAUAAUUUUCGUCAAAGGCCAUUUUCAUAUUGUACUGAGGAACGAUGGCUCACUUGUACAGUUAAUAAUUGCCCUCUAUAUGAUACAUCAUAUUAUUUAAAUUCAUCGACAGUUUUGCCAUGUGCUGAGAAUUUUUAUCAUUUUGAUCCAUACGAUUGUUAUGGAGGAAAUUCCAACAUAAUAUUCAAUUCCGAAAGUGAUUUCGAAGAUUAUUUGAGUAAUGAAAAGAGAAAGGAAAAAUCGAGAGAUGCUGCAAGAUGUCGAAGAAGUCGAGAAACAGAUAUCUUCACAGAUUUAGCAGGAGUUCUUCCAAUGACAACUGAACAAGCUGCACAUUUAGAUAAAGCAAGUGUUAUGAGAUUGGCAAUUGCUUAUUUGAAAGUUCGCGCUUUAGUCGAUUGUGUUCCUACUCCUUUGUCAAAAGCAGAAUCUCCAUCAGAUUUCGAUGAAUUUUUUCUCAAAGCACUGGAUGGAUUUAUGUUGGUUUUAUCCAACAAUGGUGAUAUGGUUUAUCUUUCCGAAAAUGUCAGUGAAUAUCUGGGCGUUUCACAGAUGGACAUGAUGGGUCAAAGUGUCUAUGAAUACAGUCAUCCUUGCGAUCAUGAUGAAUUACGUGAGAGUCUCUCGACAAAAUUUGAUGAGGCGGGGAAACAAUCUUGUAAUUUUUUUUUACGAUUAAAAUGCACAUUAACUAACAAAGGAAGAAAAGUUAAUUUGAAGAGUGCAUCGUACAAGGUUAUUCAUUGCACUGGGCAAAUAGUCUCGACUCCUCAGAUUCAAAAAUCACUUCAAACAGAAAAUGGAAGUUCUAACGAAGCAAGCGGUGGCGAGGAGGAAACUGAAAAUGAAUUAAUGGCAUCUCUUGUCGUGGUAGGAUGUCCUGUACCACAUCCUAGUAAUAUUGAAGUGCCAUUGGGUCGACAGACAUUUCUCUCAAAGCAUAAUCUCAAUAUGAAAUUUACCUAUGCCGAUGAAAAAUUGGCUGAAUAUUUGGGCUGGGAAAGCAGUGAAUUAGUAGGACAGUCUGCUUUUGAUUUUUAUCACGCGCAGGACAAUGGAAUUCUUAAUAAAUCAUUUAAAUCUCUAUUCAGCAAAGGACAAUGUGAAACGAUGGCCUACAGAUUUUUGGGAAAAAAAGGAGGAUACGCGUGGGUCAUAACUCAAGCAACUCUUAUUUAUUGUUUAAAGCAGCACAAGCCUCAGUCUGUCGUAUGUGUUAACUACAUUGUUAGUGGAGUGGAGUGUGAGGAUGAAAUUUACAGCAUUCGUCAACUUGAGGCGAGAGAAGUGUCAAUAAACGAGAAAGCGCUUGACAAUAAUCUACGUCCUCCACUUUUGGAGAUAGUUGAUCUUUUGGAAUCGAGAAAUAUUUUGGAACAACGUCCAACACCAAAAGUUCAAAUAGUCAAACCACAAGUAGGACGUCAAUUUUUGGAGGAAUCAAAUAAGAAAGAUGAAAAUAUUUUCAAUGAUUUAAUCAAUGAAACCGAAGAGAAUUUUGUUACGAAAAAUAAUAAUAAUAAUCAAUUGAAAGAAAUAUCAAUUUUAAAUCAAGAAAACGAUAUUUCUGAACAGGAUAAAUCUGAAGAAGAAUUGGAACCAAUUCGUUCAAUUGGUGAAAAUAUUGAAAAUUAUCCCUAUUUUCCUCCCACAUCAACGGCUUUUGGAAUUAAUCAAGAUCAACUUAGUCAACUUCCACUAUCGCAAACAGCAACAGCAAGUAUUUUUGCUCCUCGUACCGAGGACAUGAACACGGGCUUUCUUACUUAUAGUGAAGAUCAACCUGGCCUCACCAUGUUGAAAGACGAACCGGAGGAUUUAACACAUUUAGCACCAACGGCUGGUGAUGUUUGUGUUCCACUGGAGGAUCCUCCAUUUCUUUCGGACAUGUUGGAUGAAUUUAUCCUCGAAAAUGAAAGUUACUGUCCCUUAUUGAGUUCGGAACUUCAAACUGAAGUAAGUGAUCUCACGGAUUCUGCACUCAGAAAUCAGGAGCUUCUCAGUGAUUCCCUCAAGAAUAAGGAUCUUGAUAUUUCCAUUCAAGAUCGUGAUCCAUUUAUUUAUCGUGAUUCACCAAGUCGAGGGAGUUGUAGUACUGAACUUUAUUCACCAACUCUUAGCAGGAGUCCAGAGCGAAGUAUAGAUUCACUUUGUAGUCCAAGCGGAAGUGGGAAUGGAUUUUCCGAAGAUGAAAUGUUGAUGUUAAGUAUAACGGACGUUAUGGCUGAUGAUGAAUUAGCACUAAGAGCACCUUAUAUUCCUAUGUCCGAUCAGGACGAAGCACUAGAAUUACUUAUUAAUAAUGACAUGGUCAUGUGGGGACCAACACAAUUAAACGACAAAAAAUCGAAAUGGAAUAAUGAUUUAAUAGAAGAAAAGAAAAAUUCGAGUCUCGCACAAUUAUUGAGGAAUGAAUCGAGUGCAAGAAAAUUCAAAGAUCAUGGAGGAGACAUGGUCAAUCCAUCACAUGUUCUUGGUCAAAUUCGAGUUAAAGGCAAAGAACUUGAGUCAGAUCGACUCUGCAGUGAGCGGUCAAAUAAACGAGUUCACGGUUAUUCGAUCAAGUCCGAGAAUGAAUACAAGCGUAUCAAAUGUGAGAGAGCUGAAAAUUUUGAAAACAACCAAAUAAUAACGAAUCAAUUGCAAGAAGGCAGUCAACUUCUUCAACGUUUGGUAACAUCGGAUAAUAUGUCAAAACAUUGGCAAAAUCAAUUGGAUAUGAGAGAACGACUACUACUAUCAAAGGAUGAUUCUAGCGUAGGUGGUGGUGAUGGUGGUGGUGGUAGUGGGAUUGAUAUUGAUUACGGUGGCGAUGACGAUGAUGGCGGUGGUUGCGGUGACCUUGUUAAAUUACAACAACAAGGCACUGCAUCGAAAUCCACCACGUCACAACAAUCGAACAGCGUUCUCAUGAACCUUCUUGUUUCCGGUUGCGACGACAUAUCGAUGCAAAAUUGUGAAAUGAUAAAUCCUCAACUCUUAGGAAAAAAUGAUAUAUCAAAUUUGAAUUUAAAUCGAAAAAGAGGAAAACAAAUUUCUUCACAAUGGUUAUCAUCACCAAAUGACGUUCAAAAUCAAAUGAAUAAAAAUUUGAAAAAUGAUAAUUCAAAUCGAAUAAACAGAGACUGGCCAACAAUUAUGUCAACAACAAAUUUUGAUAUCCUGCCAUUUGAAAUUCCAAAAUAUCUACAGGAAUCCGAUAUAUUAUCAUUGGACCAGAAUCUCGUCUAAAUUAAAUAAUAGAAAUUUUGAAGAAAAUUAUAUAAUUCAUUAUAUAUAUAAACGGCUACUUUUUGUGCUUUAUUGGCAUUUUCGUGCUUUCUAAUUGUUGAUGGAGAAAUAUUUCUUUUUAUAUAGACUUUCAAUUACUCCAAUAUUUUAUAAAGAAUUCAAAAAAAAAAAAGUAUAGAAUAGCACGAAGAAAGAAAAAAGAAGUUAUUAAAUAGAAAAUUUUAAUUUUCUUUUAGGACAAUUAAAAAAAGAAAGAUUUUGAUUUACUGUGCCACUAUAAAUUUAAAAAAAAAAAAUUAUAUGGUUUUAAUGUUAUAAUAAUUCAAUGUUAAGGGUUUUUUUUUGUAAUUUACCUUUAAAAAAGGUAAAUAAUAAUUUUAAAUCGGUGUCGAUAAAUUUUCACGGGUUUUGUUUUUUUUUCGGGAAAUUACUUUAAAUUUACCAUUUUUUUUAUUAAUUAAGAUUUAUUUUUAUAAUUCUAGCUUUAAAAUGUUUUUCUUCUGAAAUGUUUUUUUUUUUUUUUUUUGAAUUUAUCGACCUGUGUAAUCUAUAUGAUAGAAUCUAUAAUAACACCUUUAAUUUUUCAAUGUGACAGCACAUUAUUCUCAGAGAUUUUUAAAUUUUGUUUUUAAUUAAUUUGUAAGUAAAGUUAUAAAUAUUAAAAAAAUAUAUAUAUAUUUCUAAAUAUGUAUCUAAUUUAAAUUCUACGCGUACAGAAUUUUAGCCUUGAAAUUCUAUAAUGGGCUAUGAAUUUAUCAAUUUUGUCAAUUAAUUUUUUUCCUUUUUCCCAAAUUAUUAUUAUUAUUAUAAUAAAUUUUUUGGACUUUAAGCAUUUUUAAAAAAGGACUCUUUUUUAUUUUAAGAUUUAAAUCGAUAAACUGCCACGUGGGUUUGAAUUAUAUGUUAUAUUACGUCAAAUUAUUAUUAAUAUUAUUAUUAAUAUUAUUAUGUAUAGAUAUAUUUUGUAUUCAAAAAUACAAAGUUGUGUACCAAAUGUAUAUUUUUUUAUUUACCAUCUACUUCUCAUUAAAAAAUUGGCAAAAAUGAAUUUUGAUUUUACAAAAAAUGAUUGAAUUCAAAAACUAAAAGCGCCAAAAAACAAUGCUUUUUAAAUUCUAGGAUAACUUAAUUUUAUUUUUAAUGUACAAUCAACAGAAUAUAUAUAAUAUAUAUAUAUAUUUAUAUGUAUGUAUAAUAUAUUUAUAAGAUCGCGUUUUAAUAUACAUUUAGAGACGCUAACAGAAUUUCAGGAAACUCGAUAUUCCAUCUCGUAAAUAAUCGAGCGAACUGAAUUUCGCGUCGAUUAUCAUCAUCAAUUCGUAAACUUCCUCUUCAUCUUCUUAUUUCUUUAUCUGCCAUACAUUAUAAUACAUACAAAUUAAACGCUUUUUUUUUUUUUUUUAAAUCGUGACUCGAAAAUGUGCGCGUUACAUUAUUGCUUUUGUGAUAAAAUGGACAAAAGCUUCUUUUUUUUUUUAUCAUUCUCUCUCACAUACAACUUGUUCACAACGCCAGCUGAAGAUCCAAGAAGAUGAAUAGUAAAAUUCAAUGAAAGAGCUAUUAAAAUAAAAUCAAUUUUAAAAAAAAUUUAAUUCAUAAUUAAAAAAAUUUUUCUUUUAUUUUAAUAACUCUUUCAACGAGGAAGUUCACGGCAAAUAAUAAAAUUACUUGACUUUUGCCCAUCUUGAUAUUUUACACCUCUAUUAAAAUCUUAUAGCUUCAGCUUGACCAGAGUCUUAUCAUUGUAUUUUUUUUUUUUUGUAGUUUUUUUUUUUCUUUAGUACUGAGAUUAUUUUUUCAAUAUAUAAUUGUUUUUUUUUAAUGCAAUAAUUAAAGUACAUCGUGUCUACUAACGCAGUGCAAUUCUACUAGGUUUUUUUUUAUUUAUAUUUUUUUUUCUUCUGUGCACGAUCGAAAAUACCUGCUCGAUUCGCGCCAAAAAUGGUACUUUAUUUGCCAAUAAAAGACACGUUUCUCAAUAUAAUAAUAAUAAUAGUUAAUAAUUUAAAAUUGAUAAUAUUGCAAAAAUUACUGAAAAAUAUUUUAGGCUAUCGUUAACGGAGAGCUAGGUUUUUUUUCCAAGGAUAAUAAAAAAAAAAGCCAUCGACAUAAUUUUAAACUGAAUUUUGUUUUACUUUUUUUUUUUUUUAAAUUUUUUAUUAAAAUUUUCUAUUAAAUUAAUUAAACAAUAAUUUAAGAAUUUAAACAACUUUUUGUUUUUAAUUUAUUCCCCUACUGAUUGUCAAUUUUUAUUUGAGUAGCGGAAUAAAUUAACUUUGUUAAAUAAUUAAUUAAUAUAAUUAAAUGAUUAAAAAAUUAAAUUUACGUAUUUAAAAAAAAAAAAUUUGUUAUGAAUAAACAAUUUGAAUUUUGUCAAUGGCUUCUCCUUGUUCAUUAGCGUAUAGUAAUUAAUAUAAUUUAAUUAAUUAAGACUCGUGGACUAAGUAGCCAUUCGCCAACGGAGAUUAAUUUCCCUUUUGUUCUAAAAGAAUUACAUUUUUUUUUUUUGUCUUCGAAAAUAAAUGGAAAAUUUCGAUUCGUGAAAUAUCGCUCGACUCGCAAACACUAAAUAAGUUUUUUUUUUUUGUAAAUAACUUUCUGUUCCCAUCACGAUGAGCUGAAUUCUAAAUGAUACGAUUCGAAAAUUUCGUUAUAAUCGAAAACAUUCUAUUUUUAUUAUAAUAAAAUGAAGAUUUUUUUUUUUUUACAUUGAUUUGACGAAACAAAAAGAAAUUGAAUCAUUGGUCAUUUGAAUUAAUUUUCAAUCUCGUUUGCGAUGCUCAUCAUCCACAAGAUAAGAUAACAAUAUUUAAUUUCUAUAAUAAUAACUAGAUUAAUAAGCAAUAUAUAUAUUUAUAGAUUUAAAAAGACUUUUUUUUUCUUAACACUUAAAAGUAUGUGAAUUAAAAUAAAUUUCGAAUUUUCACUUUCUUUUUAAGCAGAACUUGUUCCCAUUUUUUUUUGUUCGAUCAAUCUAAAAUUUUUCUCAACUAAGCAGUAAUAAUUAUAUAAUAUUAUCAAGUUUUCAAUGUUAUUAUUGAAUUGUCUCUAUAAUUAAAAAAAAAAAAGAAAACAGUGAUAUCAAAUCACUUUAGAAUUUCGUUUUUCUAUUUAUAAUAUAGUCCUAGCGAUGAGCAUCGCGCUUUAUUUUCACUACGCCCUGAGUAAAUGACAAAAAAGAAAAAAAAA